ACGAAGAGUGGGAAAAGGAAGAAUAAACACAAGAUGAAACCCUGUCAGAUUAUUGAAGAGAAACCAGAAAAUGAGAGUGAACCAAAGCUUGAAGAAGCGCCAAAGCCUGAGGAAAAUCCAGAGGAGGAGAAAGAACCAGAGGAAGAAAAUGCAGAGGAAACUUUUAGAGAAAGGCUGAUUCAGCCUCUCCAGGAAUUUAAAGAAGAUAUACACAACAGGCAUCUUAACAGUGAAGAUAUGUACAGGGAAGUGAAUGAGUUGGAUGAGAUAAGGAGAGUAAGAAACAAACUUACAGUGAUGUGUUGGAAAACCACCCUUAUCUCUACUUAAUGUAACACUCAUUUUUCUUAUAUUAACAUUGCCAUUUUACUCUUUUUGAUUUUUAGUUUCCCGAUAUACUUUGUGCAUUUUCUACUUUGAACUUGUUGCUAAUAGUAGUUUUAGUGCUUUGCUUGUUCACUGUGUUUUGAGCCAAUCUGUAAGUCUCUGUCUUUUUAAUAGGAGAGCUUAUUUGUACAAAAGAGGUUCCUGAUAGGAUAUAACAUGAAAAAGGUUACUAAGUAGUAUGUGAAUUUCACAUUUUUGGAAAGGAAGAGUACAUAUAUAUUUCACAUAUGUGCACAGAAAAAAGUGAAGUUU